AUGGCCGACUUGACGAGCAGGGAAUAUUAUCAAAAAGGCAACGAAUGUUUUGUUGAUGAGAAUUAUGAUGAGGCUCUCCAAUUCUACAAAAAAGCCUUAGAACUAGAUGCUCGGAAUGAUCAAUGUUGCAACAGUCUUUCUCAAUUAUACCUCAAACAAAACAAUUACUCAGAAAUGCUAAAUGUUCUCAAAACUGUUACAGAGGCUUUGAAGUAUGCAUCUAUGUCCAUUGAUCUUAAUCCAGACAUUUCCAGUGCUUUUUUAAGGAAAGGUAUUGCGUUAUUCAAUUUAGAGAAGUAUGAGUUGGCGAGGCAGGCCUUCAAGGAUGGUUUAACUAAAAGAGAGAAUGAUGCAAAAUUAAUGGAAUGGCUGGAAAAAUGUGAAAAGAAGUUACCUGUGUUGAAAUCAUCUUCACAAACAUCAACUUCUGAUUCAACUAAGCAAUCUGCAAAUAUUCUAUUUUCCAACAAUUCUUUAAAGACAAAAUAUGAUUGGUACCAAACUGAAACACACAUUGUCCUAACAAUCCUUUUAAAAAAUGUUCGCUCAGAUGAACUCAAGUAUAACAUAACAGAGAAUACUUUGAGUUGCACCAUUACUCAGCCAUCUCGACCAGAGUACAGCUUAGAACUCGACCUUGCUCACUCAGUUUGUCCUGAUAAGAUUCAAGUCAAGAUCCUCUCCACUAAGGUGGAAAUUAAGUUAAUGAAGCAAGAAGGAAUAAUGUGGAGCAAACUGGAGCAUGAUGGGAAUCUGGAAAAUAUUAAAUCAAUUAAAAAUGAAAAAUGUACUGCCACAUCUACUAAUGAAGUCUCUGGAGUAGUGAAAAAAUAUCCGUCAUCAAGUCUGCAUACUAAGAAUUGGGAUCAGCUGGUUAAUGAUAUAAAAGCAGAAGAAAAAGAUGAAAAAUUGGAUGGUGAUGCUGCCCUGAAUCAAUUAUUCCAGCAAAUAUAUGCUGAUGGAUCAGAUGAUGUUAAAAAAGCAAUGAUGAAAAGUUUUAGUGAAUCUGGUGGAACCGUUUUAUCCACAAACUGGAACGAAAUCGGAGCCAAAAAAGUAGAUGUUAAACCACCUGAUGGAAUGGAAUUUAAAAAAUGGUGA